AUGAUAUUAACCGUGUUCCUGAGCAACAAUGAACAGAUUUUGACAGAAGUUCCUAUCACCCCGGAAACAACCUGUCGUGAUGUUGUCGAGUUUUGCAAGGAGCCUGGAGAGGGCAGCUGUCAUCUAGCUGAAGUGUGGCGGGGCAGUGAGCGGCCCAUACCCUUUGAUCACAUGAUGUAUGAGCAUCUGCAGAAGUGGGGUCCCCGAAGAGAGGAGGUGAAGUUCUUCCUUCGACAUGAGGAUUCUCCAGCUGAAAGCGGCGAGCAAGGUGGCCGUCAGCUUCACGAGCAGAGAGCACAGCGGAGUGUGACCGAUGGCGCCGGAGAGAAGCGAGCCGAGAAUGGGAUGGGGAACUCACGUGUUGAACUCACCCUCUCGGAGCUCCAAGACAUGGCAGCGAGACAACAGCAGCAGAUUGAAAAUCAGCAGCAAAUGUUGGUUGCCAAGGAGCAGAGGCUGCACUUCCUGAAGCAGCAGGAGCGCCGGCAGCAGCAGUCUGUCUCCGAGAACGAGAAGCUGCAGAAACUGAAGGAACGUGUGGAAUUGCAGGAGAACAAGUUGAAGAAAAUCCGGGCCACGAGAGGCCAGGUGGACUACAGCAAGAUCAUGAACGGCAACCUGUCUGCUGAAAUAGAAAGGUUUAGUGCCAUGUUCCAGGAAAAGAAACAGGAAGUACAAACCGCCAUCCUCAGAGUUGAUCAGCUUAGCCAGCAGUUGGAAGACUUAAAGAAAGGAAAACUGCACGGAUUCCAGUCCUACAACGGCAAGCUGACCGGCUCGGCAGCUGCGGAGCUCAAGAGACUGUACCAGGAGCUGCAGAUCCGUAACCAGCUUAACCAGGAACAGAACUCAAAACUCCAGCAGCAGAAAGAGCUUCUCAACAAACGUAACAUGGAGGUGGCCAUGAUGGACAAGAGGAUCAAUGAGCUGCGUGAGCGUCUCUACGGGAAGAAGAUCCAGCUGAGCCGGGUGAACGGCACGUCGUCCCCUCAGUCCUCGCUGAACACGUCCGGCAGAGUGGCUGCGGUGGGGCCGUACAUCCAGGUGCCCAGCGCCGGGAGCUGUCCUGUCCCGGGGGACCCCGUGAAGCCCCAGUCUCUGACAAUCACCUCGAGCACGGCACACGGGCGAUCCAAGUCUGCUAACGAUGGAAGCUGGCCAGCGCUGAAGCAGAAUCCCAGCCCUUCCAUGAAGCCAGCCCCAGUGGCCAGUGCAGACCGGAAGGACGUGGGCGUGGAGGGGCCGUUGAGGCAGGGUCCCAUCUCCAGCCAGCCGCCGUCUCUCGCACCCUUAGGAGACACAGAGAAGCCGGGCAUGGAGACUGGCAAGGUGCCACCGCCCCUCCCAGGAACCUGCAAGCCGCUGCCUCCGAGCUACGGCACGUACCCGAGUCCUACGCCGCUGGGCCCUGGCCCCACAGACUCCCUGGAGAGGAGGAAGGAGGGCAGCCUGCCGCGGCCCGGCGCAGGCCUGGCCGGUCGGCAGAAGCCCGCCCCACUGCCCGCCCCUGGCUCACACCAGCCCCCUCUGCCGCCUGCCAGUGGGACACAGCAGCCAGGCACCUCACAGCAGAUCCAGCACAGAAUCUCCGUGCCCCCGAGCCCCACGUACCCCUCGGGGCCACCUGCCUUCCAGGCUGCAGAUGGCAAACCUGAGCCCCCUCUGACCGUGGCCAUCAGGCCCUUCUUGGCUGACAAGGGGUCGAGGCCGCAGUCUCCACGGAAGGGCCCUCAGACGGUGAACUCCAGCUCCAUCUAUUCCAUGUACCUGCAGCAGGCCACGCCCCCAAAGAGCUACCAGCAGGCCACACAUGGCACCGUGGGCAAGGCUGUCAAAGCAGUGUACGGCAAGCCCGUCUUACCCUCGGGCUCCACCUCUCCAUCGCCGCUGCCCUUCCUCCAUGGCUCCCUGCCCCCGAACGCACCCUCUGUGGCCAGCGAGUGUGUGGACAAGGAGGUGGAGCAGGACAGCCCUGCCGCGGCCGGGGACAGCAGCGUGGAGAACCUGCCUCGGCCCCUCAGCCCCACCAAACUCACGCCCAUCGUGCACUCGCCCCUGCGUUACCAGAGCGACGCCGACCUGGAGGCCCUGCGCAGGAAGCUGGCCAACGCGCCGCGGCCCCUGAAGAAACGCAGCUCCAUCACGGAGCCCGAGGGCCCGGGCGGGCCCAACAUCCAGAAGCUGCUGUACCAGCGCUUCAACACCCUGGCCGGCGGGAUGGAGGGGGCCCCCUUCUACCAGCCCGGCGCCCCGCAGGACUUCAUGGGUGCCUUGGCCGACAUGGACAAUGGCAACGCCAAUGCCAACGGGAACCUGGAGGAGCCCUCCCUGCCCACAGGCCCGCUGCCCGCCGAGCCGGCCCCGUCCUCAGAUGCCAAUGACAAUGAGCUGCCCUCCCCUGAGCCAGAGCCACACACCUGUCCCCAGACCAUGCCCCGCCCCUCCGAGCCCACUGAGGACAACAACAACAACGUGGCCACGGUCCCGCCCACGGAGCAGGUCCCCAGCCCGGUGGCCGAAGAGCCAUCUCCAGUGGACGAGCCCACCCCUCUGCUGCCACUACCCCUCAGCACCCCAACAUGUGCAGCCUCAACGGGCAAGCGGACCAACCUGAAGAAGCCCAACUCGGAGCGAACAGGGCACGGCCUAAGGGUCAGGUUCAACCCCCUGGCGCUGCUCCUGGACGCGUCACUGGAGGGGGAGUUUGACCUGGUGCAGCGGAUCAUCUACGAGGUGGAAGACCCCAGCAAGCCCAACGACGAGGGGAUCACACCCCUGCACAACGCUGUCUGUGCCGGCCACCACCACAUCGUCAAGUUCCUGCUGGACUUUGGGGUCAAUGUGAAUGCCGCCGACAGUGACGGAUGGACCCCUCUGCACUGUGCUGCCUCCUGCAACAGCGUGCACCUCUGCAAGCAGCUGGUCGAGAGCGGGGCUGCCAUUUUUGCCUCAACUAUCAGUGACAUUGAAACCGCAGCAGACAAGUGUGAGGAGAUGGAGGAGGGCUACGUGCAGUGCUCCCAGUUCCUGUACGGGGUACAGGAGAAGCUGGGCGUGAUGAACAAGGGCGUGGUGUACGCGCUGUGGGAUUACGAAGCCCAGAACAGUGACGAGCUGUCCUUCCGCGAAGGGGAUGCCAUCACCGUCCUGAGGCGGAAGGACGAGAGUGAGACUGAGUGGUGGUGGGCCUGCCUGGGGGACCGGGAGGGCUACGUGCCCAAGAACCUACUGGGGUUAUACCCCCGGAUCAAACCUCGCCAGCGGACCCUGGCCUGA